AUGAUGAUGAACAAAGUUAUUCUAAGUUCGAUUCUGAUUUUCAUGUUGGUCGGUUCGGUUCUUGUGGUGGAGGCUCGACCGUUAAACCGGUUAACGAAGGCUGAAGAGAAGCUCGUGGCUAAGUUCUUUGAUGGUUUGUCACUUGGGGCAAUCAAGGAAUCGGGUCCUAGCUCUGGUGGUGAGGGUCAUAAGUUCGUGGACCGUAGUGAGCCGCUUGUAUAUGGUACGCACUCCGGUCCCAGCUCGAGUGGACCCGGUCAUUAA